GUUACUUACGAAAUUGCUGGCGCAAUAGAAAAAAAUAAAGAUUCCCUUUCACAAAAUCUCGUAUUUGUAAUGAAAACCAGCGAAAAUGUAGUCAUCAAUCAAUUGUUCCAGUCCAAGAUGACACAAACUGGAUCACUUGUUCCUCCAUAUCAUUCCCUUAAAAUCAAAGGCUGUAAAGCAGCUUUGCUGAGUAAAAAACUGUCAGUAGCCUGUGCAAGUGGAGAAGCAAAGAAAUAUAUGGAGCUCAGCAAACUGUUGAAAAAGAAAGGAACAUCCUCGUUUCUUCAGAGACUGGAACGAGGGGGCCCAACCACUGUGGCAAUACAGCUCAGGAAAUCACUCACAGAUAUUAUUGGGAAGCUUCAGAACUGCACAUCACAUUUUGUUCAUUGUAUAAAGCCUAAUAACUCCAAGUUGCCAGAUACUUUUGACAAUUUUUAUGUGUCUGCUCAACUGCAGUAUAUUUAUGUCCUAGAGAUGGUCAAAAUCAUACGACAUGGAUAUCCAGUACGUCUCUCUUUCACAGACUUCUUGUCAAGGUAUAAAGAUUUGGCUGAUACAGCAGCAGGAGAGAAGAAGUUGUCUGCCAAGGAGAAAUGUCGUCUUGUUCUUCAGCAGUGUAAAUUACAAGGCUGGCAGAUAGGAGCUCGAAAAGUGUUCCUUAAGUACUGGCAAGCUGACCAUCUCAACGAUUUGUGCCUUCAGCUUCAGAAGAAAAUUAUAACCUGCCAAAAAGUUGUAAGAGGAUUUCUAGCUCGCCAGCGCUUGCUACAGAAGAUGAGCAUCAAACAGCAAGAGGUCACCUCAGUCAAAAGCUUCUUGCAGAAUGCUGAGGAUAUGGGAUUGAAAACAUAUGAUGCCUUGGUUAUUCAAAAUGCUUCUGACAUUGCUCGGGAAAACGACCGGCUCCGCAAUGAGAUGAAUGCUGCUUACCACAGGGAAAAGUUAGAGGCUAGAAACAGACCAGAAGAAGGCCACAAAAGAGCUGAAGACAAGGGCGGGAAGGUCUCUGAGGACAGCUUUGCCGGCUGUCGAACGCCUAAACACUUUCAUUCCAACUCUGUCCCUGUCCCCAUGGCAGUGGAUGGCUUGGUACAUUCUGCUGCUGGAUCAUCCAUCAGAUCCCCCUCCCUGCACUCUGUGUUCAGUAUGGAUGACAGCAAUAGCCUGCCAUCACCAAGGAAACAGCCUCCUCCCAAGCCAAAGAGGGACCCCAACACACGACUGAGUGCUUCAUAUGAAGCUGUUAGUGCUUGCUUGUCGGCAGCUUCUAAGGAAACCGCUAAUGAAGUACUGACCCGUCCAAGGCCACACAGUGAUGACUAUAGUACCAUGAAAAAAAUACCUCCCAGAAAACCAAAACGAAGUCCCAAUACAAAACUUAGUGGCUCUUAUGAAGAAAUACCUGGCCAAAAGCCUAGGGAGGUAAAACAGGCAAGCACAGUAGCUAAACCAGGUGGCUGUGACACCGUGACAGUGCAGAGAGUGGCUUCUGCUGAUGGGCCCCAACAUGGCAUAUUGAGUCUCUAUAUGUCACAAGAAGAGGAGGAAAAUGAGCCUGUCUAUAUUGAAAUGGUAGGGAAUGCAAUGAAAAGCAAUUCUGCUGGAGCAGAAAGCCCAGAACAAGGGGAGUCUGUAUAUGAAGAAAUGAAGUAUUUUCUACCAGAAGAAGGAAGCAAUGGCAAUGGAAUAAUUCCAGUAGUGACUGGAUCUCCUCCUCUGUUUGAAAGCAAAAAAAAUGUUAACAUUGAAGAUGGAACGUUGGAUGGAAACAGUCAAGCAACUUUCAUCUGUAAAGACUCUUGUGACAUUCCAGCCCCUUUCCCUAACUUGCUCCCCCACAGGCCACCACUUCUUGUAUUUCCUCCAACCCCUGUCACAUGUUCACCUGCUUCUGAUGAAUCACCUCUAACACCGCUAGAAGUCAAAAAGCUUCCUGUCUUGGAAACCAACCUAAAAUACCCUGUGCAGUCAGAAGGCUCAAGUCCAUUGUCACCACAGUAUUCCAAAAGCCAGAAGGGGGAGAAUGAAAGACCAGGAUCUCCAGGCUUGGUUGUGUUCAAUGCUUCCAGCAAAGUGACUCCUCCUUCCACACCGCCUCCUCCUCUCCCACCACCCCCUCCUCCUGUACCACCUCCUAUUUCCUACCGGGCUUCCACACAUUUUGCAUUUCCUCCAGAGACUUGUGCUACUUUUCUGAUGAAUACAGGGAAAACAGGUACAAACUCAGAUCUGUCAACGGUACCUCAGAGACCAAAUCCUGCUCAGCUUGGGUGCUCAUCUUCUCCAUUUUCCAAACUGCCUUACUCCCCAAAGGUGGCAAGAGCAGAUUACAGGAAAUUGAACUCAAAUUCAUCAUCUUCAUUUCCAUACAGCCCUACAAACUCAAGGUCAUUGACCAGUCCCCUUGAUGAGUUAACGAGCUUGUUCAACUCAGGCCGGAGUGUGCUACGAAAAUCUGCAGCAGGGCGUAAGAUCAGGGAGCCAGAAGGUGCUGAAACUAAUCUGAACUUGAGGAGCAGGGAAGAUGCAAAUACAUCAGAUAUUGGACCAGAAACCCAGGACAGAAAUGCAAAUAACCGUGGAACUCAGUCAUCUAAUCCACUGUCCAGUUCUGUGACUGCUGAAAAUGGAAAUUCCGUAUCAAACG